UGUCUCUUGCUGUCCUGUCUGUCUGUCCCACUUCUGACUCUGGGGGUCUGCAAGCCUCUGAAGGUUCCUGAAGGCUUGGGGUGGGUUAGAUGGGGAUCCUGUGGACAGUUAGCCUAGACCCCAGUUGCUGGCCAACCUGCUUUCUAAUGGAAGUAACCAAAUUGGGGAGCUUGGCCCUGCGCCUGGCCAGGGUGGUGCGCCCAGGCCUCAGCGUGUCUGCGUGUGUUGUUUGUGAACAUGCUGAGUAUAACCAUUUCUCUGCCUUCUCACCCAAGGAGGAAGCAAGGGAAGGGACAAGGUCCCUUGGCCCCAGCUGCCCCUGAAGUCACCAUGAUGUGGCCCUCACCUACCACCUUCCUCCUGCCCCUACUGUUCCUGCUGCUGGGCCAGGCUCCUCCCAGCAGACUGCAGUCCCUGGGAACCAUGAAGCUACGGCUGGUGGGCCCAGGAAGCAGACCGGAGGAGGGCCGCCUGGAGGUGCUGCACCAGGGACAGUGGGGUACCGUGUGUGAUGACGACUUCGCUCUCCAGGAGGCCACGGUGGCCUGCCGUCAGCUGGGCUUUGAGGCUGCCUUGACCUGGGCCCACAGUGCCAAGUAUGGCCAAGGGGAGGGACCCAUCUGGCUGGACAAUGUGCGCUGUGUGGGCACAGAGAGCUCCCUGGAACAGUGCGGGUCUAAUGGCUGGGGUGUCAGUGACUGCAGCCAUUCAGAGGAUGUUGGGGUGGUGUGCAACCCCCAGCGCCAUCGUGGCUAUAUUUCUGAAAGAGUCUCCAAUGCCCUUGAGCCCCAGGGCCGGCGACUGGAGGAGGUGCGGCUCAAGCCCAUUCUUGCCAGCGCCAAGCGGCAGAGCCUGGUGACUGAGGGGGCCGUGGAGGUGAGGUACGAGGGCCACUGGCGGCAGGUGUGUGACCAAGGCUGGACCAGGAACAACAGCAGGGUGGUGUGCGGGAUGCUGGGCUUCCCCAGUGAGCUGCCUGUCAACAACCACUACUACAGGAACGUCUGGGAUUUGAAGAUAAAGGAUCCCAAGUCCAGGCUGAAGAGUUUGACACAGAAGAAUUCCUUUUGGAUUCACCGGGUCAACUGCCAGGGGACAGAGCCCCACAUGGCCAAUUGCCAGGUGCAGGUGGCACCAGCACGGGGCAAGGUGCGGCCGGCCUGUCCAGGUGGCAUGCAUGCUGUGGUCAGCUGCGUGGCAGGGCCCCGCUUCCGCCCUCCAAAGGUGAAGCCCAGGCAUAAGGAGUCUCAGGCAGAGGAGCCAAGGGUGCGCCUGCGCUCUGGGGCCCAGGUGGGCGAGGGCCGGGUGGAAGUGCUCAUGAACCACCAGUGGGGAACGGUCUGUGACCGCAGGUGGAACCUCAUCUCCGCCAGCGUCGUGUGUCGUCAGCUUGGCUUCGGCUCUGCUCGGGAGGCCCUUUUUGGGGCCCAGCUGGGUCAAGGGCUGGGGCCCAUCCACCUGAGCGAGGUGCGCUGCAAGGGAUAUGAGCAGACGCUUGGUGAUUGCCCUUCCCUGGAAGGGUCACAGAAUGGCUGUCAGCAUGAGAAUGAUGCUGCCGUCAGGUGCAACAUCCCUAACAUGGGCUUCCAGAAUCAGGUGCGCUUGGCUGGUGGGCGCAGCCCUCAGGAGGGCGUGGUGGAGGUGCAGGUGGAGGUGAACGGGGUCCGACGCUGGGGCGCCGUGUGCAGUGACCACUGGGGGCUCACGGAAGCCAUGGUGGCCUGCCAACAGCUUGGCCUGGGGUUUGCCAGUCACGCAGUCAAGGACACCUGGUACUGGCAGGGGACGCCGGGGGCCGGAGAAGUGGUGAUGAGCGGGGUGCACUGCUCAGGCACAGAGCUGGCCCUGCAGCAGUGUCAAAGGCAUGGGCCAGUGCACUGCCCCCACGGUACAGGGCGCUUUUCAGCCGGAGUCUCCUGCACAGACAGUGCCCCGGACCUCGUGAUGAAUGCCCAGCUAGUGCAGGACACAGCCUACUUGGAGGACCGCCCACUCAGCCAGCUGUACUGUGCCCAUGAGGAAAACUGCCUCUCCCAGUCUGCUGACCGCAUGGACUGGCCCUAUGGACACCGGCGCCUCUUGCGCUUCUCCUCGCAGAUCCACAACCUGGGCCGGGCCGACUUUCGUCCCAAGACAGGACGCCACAGCUGGAUUUGGCACCAGUGCCACAGGCACUACCACAGCAUUGAGGUCUUCACCCACUAUGACCUACUCACUCUCAAUGGCUCCAAGGUGGCUGAGGGGCACAAAGCCAGCUUCUGUCUAGAGGACACAAACUGCCCUGCAGGACUGCAGAGGCGUUAUGCAUGCGCCAACUUUGGUGAACAAGGAGUGACCGUUGGCUGCUGGGACACCUACCGGCAUGACAUUGAUUGCCAGUGGGUGGAUAUCACAGACGUAGGCCCUGGGGAUUACAUCUUCCAGGUGGCUGUGAACCCCAAAUAUGAGGUGGCAGAGUCAGAUUUCUCUAACAACAUGAUGCGGUGCCGCUGCAAGUAUGAUGGGCACCGGGUCUGGCUACACAACUGCCACACAGGGGAUUCAUACCGAGCUAAUGCAGAGCUCUCGCUGGAGCAGGAGCAGCGUCUCAGGAACAACCUCAUCUGAAGCCAUCCUGCACACUUCCAGCUGCUGCCACACACCAGAUACCUCAGCUUACUGGAGCCAUGCCCUCCAGAGCCCGAACUCAGAAGGGAAGGGGCCAGUGCCAAGGGGCACCAAGAGCCUGCUCAGGAAGCCUUCUGACGGCAAGAUCACCAACCCAGGAUGUUACUGUUCCCCUGGGCUGGCUCUGGGCCUCUGUCCUAAGGGCCUUGGGUCUGUAGGCUCUGGCCUCCAGACUUCAUUCAGCCGAGCACUUAUUCCAUAAGGGACCCUGUCUUUCCUGGCUCUUGCUCCAGAGUUUCUGGUUCAGAAGCAAUUGAUUCCCUAGGGAUGGAUUAUGGCCCAAACCCCAUCUAAAUGGUGCUUUGCAAAUGUUUUAGAAGAGUAGGGGACAAAAAUACACAGAGGGUGGUGUUAGCUCUCUCCUAGGAGCUCAGAACAACACAACUUGUGUCAAAUCACAGCUGGCAAAGAAGGUGGUGAAAUUCAGUCCCUUGCUUGAUUUGUGCUCAUUAAGAACUCACCUGGCAUAUUCUCUAAGAGUAUGUUCUUUAGUGCCCUUACCUUACCUUUAUCCUACUGCACAUAUGAGUGUUAUUACUAAUGUCCCUGGAAGGUUAGGCCUCUGGCAUCCCCUUAUUUCCUAAUGGGUCAACACCACCAGUUACUGAGUGCUUGAGAAGAGGCAAGAUUUGCAGAAGUGGCCAGAUAGGACCUUCCUGGAGAGUAGCAAGAGAAGGCCAAGCAGAAAGACUGCUGGGGUAAUGUGGGCCUCAGCCCUUGCAAAGGCCUCUGCCAAGGAAAAAAUAUAUGCCAAAAACUUGGCAGGCAACGCAAUCUCCCUCAAGAUCACUGUGUCUCAGGGCCAGCCUAAAUUUCAGGUCUUAGCCAAGUUUCUGGAGUGAACUUAGCAUUUAAUAAAUUUUUGCAUUGGAAAGAAUGUCAAACAAGCCACUCAUUUAUGUAAGAGUUAGAUGACAGAUUCAGUAGAGUAUGGCACAGGAGACUAUGGAGAAGCCCGAAGGGGUAAUAUUCAAUUUAGUUAAGGACUAAACCUAGGAAAGGCCACCAUCCCUGCUCCAUGUGACUGUAGUGCUCUUGCUCAGGUGGUAUAAAAGCCCAUGGCCAUCUUGGACAUGAUCCUGUCUUCUCUCCACUUAGAUACACUUAAGAGAUGAUCUUAUAGGUGUGACACCCUAAUGCCAAUAAAGUGGCUCCCUACGGCCUGCCACAAAGACUGAACUGGCUGUGAGUCUUUGCAGGUCCCAGUGCACUAACUCCACCCCUAUUCACACUCCCACUGAGCUGGUGACUAGGAUGUGUGGGGCACACAGAUGACUCACCACAGUUCCACUCCAUUUCUCUGAUCAGAUACUGGCCUAUAGUCUGCUUCCCAAUUCCUUUCCCAGACUUAGUGCUGAAACAUGGGUUGGAAAGAUUAAGGAAUAAAAGGUGGGAGGCAGGAAGGAAAAGUGUAAGAAAUGCAAGCUUUUGUUAACAGUCUGCAAAGCCAAAAUGAAUGGUAGUCGGGGCAGAUAUACAGCAGUCCUCCCCUGCCCACAAGGCGACAGCUACCCCUUCCUUAGGGAGUGAAAAGGGACAUGCUCUGGGGUAGACACCAUGAUACAAAGUGCUUCUUUCCCUCUUCUCCCCCUUCUCUCUUCUCAAGUCCUUCAUCUUCUUCAUUAGGCAGAGGGAACAUUAUAGUUUGGCAUGGCAGUUUAGGUAAACAAGGGAAGGACCGGUUUCCUGUUGGAUCCAGCAACCAUCUCCCAAACAGUAACAGCCUUAUAGUUGCACAUACAGCUAACAGUCUGUGAAAGCAUGUGCAGCUAGUGGGGGAGCACGUGGUGACUGAUGACUAGAUUCAGGCUGAGAGGUUAACCACAGCUCUUGCUGGAUCCAGUUUCCAAGAGGGCCAGAAAAAGCAGGCCAGGCAGCGAGCCACCAGCUCUGGUCUCAGUCCUGCUGCCCACAUCACACAUUUGAUAGAUGCAGCCAGUUCUCAUUCUUGAAAAAGGCUGUACAAGAGUUGUGCUGUUAUACCUCUGAGUUGAAAGGGAAGGACAUGGGAAGACUGGUGGCUGGCACGACUUGUAACUAGAUGAGGAAUGUUAACAGAAUACCAACCACCAAAUUCCAGACAGAACCAAAAUUUCAGAUUUUCACCUUGGCAUUCUUUAGUCUGGAGAAACUAAAGUGUUAGGAACCUCAAUCACUGUUCAAAAGCCUAAUUUAUUUAUAUUCCACCAAGACCAUCAGUCUAUGGGGAGCAUGUUAGAACUUGG